AUGCAAUUAUAAUAGUUGGAGAAAACUCAAAAGCUUGGGUAAAAUAAAUAUCUGUGUAUUGAAAAAAAGACAAAAAAAGAAUAUAUUCUGACAUUAUAGGCAUCUUCUGAUUACGAUGAUCGAAUUUGUAGUAUUGAUCAUAAAAAUUUUCUUGUUAUUUUGGAGAAAUGGUAAGAAAAUGGAAUGAUGUGUAUGAUAUAAAAUAGUGAACCCUUAUAAACGAUUAAGGGAGGAGGUUGUUUCGGAGAAUAAAAAAUUUUAUCAAUAAUUUUAUAACUUGCUUUAGCCCUAAAUAAUGCUGAGUUAAAAGGAAUAUAAGCAACAGUUACUCUCUAAAAUUUGUUUCUCGAUGAAUACAAAAAUAUAAAGGUUUGUUAUUAAUUCAAUUAAGAUCGAUUUGCUAUCAUUAAAUGCCACCCCAUUAAAUUUUGCUUCUCCAGAAGUUCUGAGAAAAGAAUCCAAUCACUCUGGAAUUUGGAGUAUAGGUAUUAUAGGAUAUUUUCUUGCUAACAAUCGUAUGCCGUUUAAUGGUGACAAUGACAAAAUUCUUGCAUAUAAUAUUAUUUAUAAAGAUCCUCAUCCCACAGAUUAAAGCAAAUUUCCUAUAUUAUCUCAAAUAAUAAAAUGGAUUUUAGUUAAAAACAUAUAAAAAAGAUAUACAUACUAGUAACUCAUUAAUUAUUUAAAUGAUAAAGUACAAUUUAGAGACACACCUUCAAGUUUAUUGAUGAAUUAAUAAUUUUCAAGAACAAUUUCAAAAAAAGAAUAAAGUAUUUGCUCUUUUAAAGAAAGCAAAAUUGAAAUCAUAAAUGAAUCAGAUUCAGAACGAAAUAAUCAAUCUUAGUUUUUAGAAAUAAAGCCUAUUGUACCUUAGAUAAUAACAUUAGAUACAGUAGAAAAUAUGCAUUCAGUUCAUAGACAAUUAAAAAAUAGACCUUAGUCAUCAGUUUAAAGAAUAAUAAAAGAUGAUUAAAAAGAUUUGAUGAUUCGUUUAUAAAGAAUUAGGCCAAAUUCUGCUGUAGGGUUUAGUGGAAAAGAAUAUAUUUCAAGAAACAUAAAAUAGGAAUUGAGCAAUAGAAGGAUAAUUAAAUCAUCAGUAGAACCUUAAAUCACAACCAAUACUUUCAGAAAUAAUUUUAUGAAAAAACAAUAAUUUAAAGAGGUUUCUGUGGACUUAAAAGAAGCAAAAUAAAUCAAAAAUGAACAUGUGAUAAGAGUUUAUAAUUUAGAAUAUUAAAAUGAAUAAUAAAUAGUUUCAAAAAGAAUCCAUAAACCUUUUUAGAAAAUUCUUCAAAAUCCAAAUACACCAAAAUGUUUGAAUCAAAAAGAAAAGGUUUUCUUUGAUGAAAUUUAAGAUUGGAAAUCAAAAAUGCAAUAACAUAUGAAAUAAUAAUAAAAAGUUAAAAAAUCAGAACCUGUUUUGAAAUUAAUAUCGUAAGAUUGA